AUGAGUGCUCAGCUAAUGAGAGGCAGCCCCCCAGGCGCUGUUGGUAUUGCACAUCCAUCAGGAUGGAUACAAAUGAACAUAUUCACUGACUGGUUCAAACAUUUCAUUAAACAUACCAACCCUACUCCGGAAUCGAAAGUAUUACUGAUCUUGGAUGGUCAUUUUUCUCAUACUCGUAACAUCGACGUGAUAGAUCUUGCUAGGGAAAAUAAUGAAGACAUUGUGUCCUUACCUCCUCACACAACCGACAAGCUCCAGCCACUAGAUAAGACGUUUAUGGGACCUCUCAAAACGUAUUACAGUGAAGAAAUACGAAUGUAG